AAUAGUGUGAUGGGUGUUACAUUAAGUACUCACAGAACUUGGCAACUCUGUCGAAUCGUCAUCAGCAGAAAUUAUAAAAAGUAAACGGCAAGAAACGGAAAAAUUUGCAAAGCUGAUUGGUGUCGGAUUCGAUUUGGAUCUCGUAGCUGCAAAUGAAACGAAUUAAGCAUUUUGUGAAUAUUGAUGAAUAAUUGUAGCUAAAAUACCAUAAACGGCAAGAAACUAGAAAAUAUUAUACAGAACCAUCAUUAAUUGAAAUUUGUUACAAAGGAGGUGGCGUAAAAACCGAAGUGAAAAACGGACUAAAAAGGAACUGCGAAAGAUUGGUGAGCCGCAAUUUUUUAGUUAGACGUUAAAAAAUAGUGUAAUUCAGAAAUGGAAAGCCCCUGCGAAUCGGAGAGCUCUCUCGAUGGAGGUACUAUGCUUCCUCCCAGUCCAGUGUCGCGAGAGCAGUUGCAAAAACGCAUUGAGUCGUUGACACAGCAAAAUAAAGUACUCAAGGCUGAAUUGGAUACAUUUAAGAUUAAAUGCAAAGUGGUGCAGGAAGAAAAUCGCACACUAAAGCAGGCAUCUGUUAUAAUCCAAGCGAAAGCGGAGCAGGAAGAAGAGUACAUAUCGAAUACACUUCUGAAGAAAAUUCAAGCCUUAAAAAAAGAGAAGGAGACUUUAGCACAUCACUACGAACGUGAAGAGGAGUGUUUGACAAACGAUCUAUCGCGUAAGCUCGAUCAGCUUCGACAAGAGAAAUGCAAGCUGGAGCAAACUCUAGAGCAGGAACAAGAAUGUCUUGUCAACAAAUUGAUGCGUAAAAUUGAGAAGCUACAAGCUGAAACAGAUAAUAAACAAACAAAUUUAGAGCAAUUGCGUAGAGAAAUGGUUGAGUUAGAAAAUACAUUAGAACAAGAGCAAGAAGCAUUAGUUAAUAAACUUUGGAAACGUAUGGAUAAACUAGAGACGGAAAAACGUUUGCUACAAAUUAAACUGGAUGAACCAGUUUCCGAUCCAACAACACCACGUGAUAUAACCAAUGCCAAUGGUGACACUGCCUCUAAUUUAAGCGCUCAUAUACAGACAUUACGUUCCGAAGUCCUACGAUUGCGUUCAAAUCUAGCAGCAGCACAAAAGGAGGCAACAAAAAAACUACAACAAUUUGCACAGGAAGAGAAAAGCAUACGUGAGGAGAAUGCACGUUUACAACGUAAAUUAAAAUUGGAAGUAGAACGACGUGAGGCACUCUGUCGUCAUUUGUCCGAAUCGGAAUCCUCACUUGAAAUGGAUGAGGAGCGAUUCUAUAAUGAGAAUCUAUUAGGAGCUGUCGGCACAGCUGCUGGUUUGGGCGGUGCUGCUGCUGUGGUGAACACACGUCAACGCACGAUUAGCAGCCCCGUAUCGCACAGUCCAUCAAAUAGUCGACCACUCAGUCCGGGCGCAGUGCAUCAGAAUCGCUGCUAUGCGUGUGGACAAAUUGUGAAUCGACGUGCUAGUGAACGUUUUAUCAAACCGGCUUUGCCCACACCCAUGUUGGGUCUAAAUACUUCGGCACCAAAUGUACUCAGUAGCAAUACACUUUUGGGCUCCGGUGGUGGUGGUGGUGGUGGUGUUGGUGUUGGUGGUGGUGUUGGUUGUGUUGCAGGUAGCUCAAGUGCCGUCCUAACAGGCGCUUUGAACACUUCCACACUAUUUGGUGGCGCUGGUAGCUUCUUACAGAACCUAAAUCCCGAGCGCAUCAAUAUUGGCAGUGGUGCAGGUUCAUCUUUGCUUCCAAACAACAAUGGUAGCAACAGUAUGGCAAUGGCUGGUAAUGCGACACCAUUACAGCAGGCUUCCAAUCCAAUGAAUAUUAGUCUCAGUAAUACGUCCACGAAUCUAACGAAUAACAUGAACUCGAGCAAUUCAUCCUUGUCUGCAUUUACGCCAACGAACACGAACGCAUCAACUGCAUUUGCCCAGCCAGCCAGUCCUAUGGAUACUUCCGUCUACAAAGAGUAGAGUUGUAAGGAGUGUAGACAUUUUUUGAACUGAAUUUUUAAACAAAGAGUUGUACGCGACAGAAAAAAAAUACAUACAAAUACAUACAAAUUACCCACAGGAAAGCUGUUAUUACGUACAUGGCAUGAAUUGGAUAUUGAAUUGACCUGUAUGUUUUGAAUUAUUUAAGAUUUGUCAGUUUUUAAUAACAUAUAUAUAUAUAUAUAUAUAUAUAUUUUUUUUGAACUGGUCUGCAUAUAAGUAUGAUUGAAAACGGUUUAAAGACGAAAAGCUCGCUAGAAAAUAUAAUUUUAUAGCAAUGUGAGCUUUAUUAGAAUAGAAAGAAAAUAUACAUAUAUGAUUAGAAGCUAAUUCUGGAAGAUAUGUGGCUAAAAUAAAAUAAAAAAACAGAAAUUUAAGUUUUAAAGGUGUCCACAACGAUUAAAACAACAACAAAAAUACUUACCUGUGCGUACUACGACAUUGCAAUCAACUCUCACUCAUCUAAUGCCACACUUUGUUGCAUAUGCAAAGAAUACUAAGAUCAUACAUACAUACAUACAUACGAUUAUAUCUUAUACGAAAAUGCUACAUUAGCUUAUAGUGAUAAACGCAUUAAUUUGCUCAAAUUCCAACCAGCAAGCAAUAUUCAUUCGGAAGGCAGAAAACAAAAAACUAUGAACUGGAGGAAUAUUCAACAACUACUCUACUUACAUACAUACAUACAUACAUACAUACACGUGUAACAUGCCGAUAACAAUUAAUGACUUCCUUAAACAAUGCAGCUGUAGCAUAGAGAAUUUCCCAUAAUUAAACUGGUAUCGCUAUAAUAUAAUACAACACAGAAUACAACAAUAAAAAUCCUAAAUAAAUACAUUUAUAUUA